AUGGAUUCUCAAAAGAGAGUAGCAGAAUUUUGUGUUAUUAUAGGGAAGUUCGCAACAAUCACGCUAGAUCUGUUGCCACAAAAGUCUCUGCUCAGCCUCUCCCUCACCGUUGUGAAGCUCCAGAAUUCUCAGCAAAUGGCAGACAUGUUGCAUAAGGCUAUUCAAUCUAUGUCGCUGGAAGAGGAAGCUCCACUGGUUCUCCCAGACAGUCCUCGUUUCCGUGUUUUUGACGAGAACGCUUGCAGUUUGCUUGGUCGUCUGUUGAACCCUGAGUGUCAAUCGAUGGCUAGAAUGAUCGAGUACAUGCCAACGGCAUGGAGGGUUUAUGAUAGGGUUCGCGGUAUCGCUCUGUCUCGUGACCGUUUUCAGUUUGUGUUUCAGCGUGAAGAGGACCUUCAGACUGUGUUGAAUGAUAGACCAUGGUCUUACACCCACUGGGCGAUGGUCAUCGAUCGUUGGACGGCCAAUCCUCCUGAUGACUUUCUUCAACACAUGGAGCUGUGGAUCCGUAUCCGUCAUAUUCCAGUGAAUCUCUUUACUACCAACACUAUGUAUGCGCUGGCUAAAGAGGUGGGCAAGGUUAAAGAGAUAGCUUAUGAUCCCAAGGUGUCUCAUACCAAAGAUUACAUCAGAGCCAAAAUCCUUUUCAAUGUCGAUAACCCAGCUAAGGCUUUCAGGAGACUGGAGGUCUCUAAGGAUGCUACGGUUACCAUUGAAUUUGAAUAUGAAAAGAUCCAUAAGCGGUGUUUCCAUUGUCUCCGUCUUACUCAUGAGAAACUUCGGUGCCCUUUGUUGCGGAAAGGUGCCCAAAAGGGCAAUCCUAUGCCACAUACUUCACGCAUCGUCAAUGAAGCUCCUGUGGCCACAAAACUCCUCGAAGGUCCUCCGGGUUUUCCUCAGUUAUUUCCAGAAUUAUCUAAGGAGGACAGGAAGAUGGCUUUGCUCUACAUCUCUCAUUCAGACGAGACAGAAAGAAAAGCUCGGAUCCUGCGUGUGCAGCAAGGCAUCGAAGAGAACAGAACAGAGUCCUCUAUCCGCUUGACAAAAAUAACUAAGGAACUUGACAAAGGGAAGGGGCAUGUCUUCUCUUACCAAGAUCCUACUCCAGACAAGUUUCAUAGUUCGGGGUCUACUCAGAUUUCUCAUCCGAAGCUUUCCCUACGAGAUAAGGAGGAGGAUGAUACUGAAUCUUCGACAUCGCAUUUCUCUGCCAACUCUGAACCGGUUCUUCCUACGGGUUUUCGGCUUGGCCCUUCUUCGGGAGGGCGAGUCUCCGGGAUCCAGGGGAUGAGCAAGGCGGCAAGGAGACGUCCUUCUUCAUGGAAAAGGAAAGCUUUUUCAAAGUCCAGUGUUCCCGCCAUUGUUUCUCCUCCUGCUCUCAUCUCCAAAGAUGGCAAUGCAAAGCGCAAACCCUCUUCUCUGGCUCUUCCAGAAAACAAAUCCCACAAAGUUUCAUACUCUACGGUGGCUUCCGUAUUGAAGCCGCUGCUUCCCCAAUCAGCAUUUUCUCUUGGAACUGUCAAGGUGCUGGUAGCAAGGAGACAGUUCAGCAAAUCCGGGCUUUUCGUAGGAAAUUUUUCCCGGAUUUUAUGUUCUUAA